AUGUCGCGUCGUCAGAUCACGUUGGACGAGAAAAUCGGUAUAAUCGGACGGUUGGAAAACGGCGAGGAAAGCGGCUCGAUCGCUAAGGAAUUCGGAGCCUCGACCAUAUGGACCAGAAGGGAUUCGCUGAAAACGAUGAUGGAAGAGGAGGCUUCGCUUCGGACGAAACAACUGCUCACCGCCCAGCACAAGGACCUCGAAGAAGCCGUGCUGGCGUGGUUCAAAAAACAGCGAUUGGCCAACGUGCCCGUCAGCGGUCCCAUGUUGAAGGCCAAGACCGAACAGCUGGCCGACGGGUUGAAGAUAGAGGAUUUCAAGUGCUCUGCGUCUUGGAUUCUGAGCUUCCGACAACGGCACAACAUCGGCUUCGGAAAGAUGGCCGGCGAGUCGACAGCGGUGUGUUCCAGGUGUCACGACGACGUUUGGCCGUCCGGAACGGGUUACAGUGAAUCUGACGAACAAAGUUUCGUACUUCUCGAUUCGGACGGAAGUUGCGUACUUCUCGACUCGUGA